AUGCACCAUAUACGAGAAGCUAACAAUACAGAUUUGCCAUAUCUGAAGCAGGGAGAUCGAGAAGACUUAGUUACGAUCGGGGCAUCUGAACAAGAUGGCUUUCUUUCAGAGGCAGAAACAGCACUGAGGCUGUCUCACUCGUCUUCGAGACAACCAUAUCUGCUAUGGCUGAAAUAUCCUCUCCUUGUUACGGUAUGGGUGAUCUCGUUAGCUGUUACUAGUUAUAUCUCGAGGCAGAGCAGUUACGCUUACAAUGGACUGGGGAGAGUUUUGGAUACUGAAUUGACGUCUGUACAACCGGCAAUUGAAACUCAGCGUGUUCGGUUCGAGGGCACUCUCGAUUUCGACGAAAAUAGUACACUCAUUCAGACAUUCUGGGACCUGGAUUCUCCCCGGUAUACCGGUGAACCAAGUGACGAGCUAGAUGCCCGUUGGAAGAGCUUGUACAAGGUCGAUGGUGUAGACCUCCAUGGCGUUGAAGCGGAUGCAAUUCGGGGAAAGACCUUUGAGAAACCCGGAGGAUGGUCGAUUGUUAGUUUGGAUGUUUUUCAUCAGAACAUGGUUCGCCAAGCAUUGCGCCCUGACUACUACACGCGACACGAUCCAGAGCCUGCCUACACGGUACAUAUUAGUAAGUUGAUCCGUACCAAGACACCCGGCGAGAUUCCGGACGCGGCUAACUACUAUUUUGCCUCGGUCCCAGAUCAUUGUCUGGAUCAUUUGCGGCAAGCGGUGAUGUGCCAUUCGGAUGUCACGCCGCUCCCCGUCCUCUGGGCCGAGAAAGAGGACCAUCUCUUCGAGGAGGAAGCCUUCUUGGAGAACCUUACCUCGAACGAUCCGAGCCCGGGCAACCUCCACCCGGCCCUGGAUUAUCUCGACACUCAUUUUCGCCUCGCUCAGCGGCAUCCUACUUACUAUAAUCCUACGGUUGAGCUUCGCCCAACCACCGGUCUCCAAACAAUCAUAGAGCCGGCUCGAAAAUACAUCCAAGAGCAUGAGCGCCGCUUUGAUGGGGCGCUGUCCUACAAUGCAAGCGGGAAUCUGGUGAUAGAGUCCACUCCUGGCGGAGAGCAAUGGAUUGGUCAACCCACGCCGGAGAUGGACUCCCUGUGGGAUAGAGUUGAAUCGGGGUCGAUCAUCAUGCUGGAAGGCUCCGAGGCAAACAUGGUGCGGGACAAGACGGCGCUGUUUGAUGGGUAUUGGCUCACCGGGCUGGAUGUUAUCCAUCAGAUGCAUUGCUUGAACAAAAUCCGCAAAGCCCUUUACCCGGAAUACUACCAGCCAGAACAGUCAGUUCCGACGGAACAGCUUCAUGUUGAACACUGCUUUGACUACAUCCGCCAAGCGGUCAUGUGCAAUGCCGAUUUGACCCCUGUCAUGCUCACCUGGUAUUCCAGUGCGCAGACGUUCGGUCCGGACUUCCACACAACGCAUAUGUGCCGGGACUUUGAGGCGCUGUUAGAGUGGUCUAUUGCUAGGACGUCGAAGGCAAUCAAGGGGAAAGGCUCCGGGAUAGAAGCGGCGAAGGAUCCGCAGUUGGUAAUACCGGGAAGCUUACAGGAUUUAAAUGGGGUAGGGCAUGGGGGGCAUUGA